CGGCUGUUGAGUCUUUCGUUGUUGUCCGUUCCAGACAGUCCAGGACGUCAGACAGGAUGACAUCGUUCUUUGUGUGUACGCAAGGCAAGUGGCUGUUCCGUUAACUACCGAGUCAUGAAUUCGCACGCACCCAUCCAUCGCGUCACCACCGGACUUCCUCCUGUCUACGUCUACCGUGCCAUCGCACCUGCCGAGCGACAGGAUGGCGGCCAGCUGCGGAAAAGCGACACGAUCCUGGCUUGACUUGGCUCCACACACUCCAUCCAUCCAUCCACCCACCCACCCAUUGGACACUCAUUGGCUGCCCUCUAAAAGUACUGACUGUCGAAUGUGCGUUGCGUAUGUCACUGGCUGUACGGCCUCUACUGCUAUCACACAGACAACUCAGCCGGCCGCGAGACCAAGACCGGUGCACACACACACCCGGAGCGUUGGGUAGGUAGCUCUACUACCGAGGCCCCCGCCCCCUUCUGCCUCCCCUUGCCCGCCCUCCGUGGCCAUAUCCAUGGCCGAACCCCCUCUUGCCCACGCCGUACCCGCCCCUGCCGUCCUGGUAGUACUCGCCAAAGUAACUGUCAUCCUCGUCGUGCUCCAUGAAACUGUAGGCACGGCCUCGCCCGCCCCCCCUGCCCCUGCCGCUACGCCCACCCCUUCCUCCUCCCGACGAGAACUGGUUGAAGGCCUGCUGCAUCCUCGCCGCCGUCGGGGAGGCGUCUGUGUGCUGCUGAUAUGUGUCGUAUCUGUCGUCUUGCUGCUGCUGGUGUUGGGAGAAGGGCAUCGGGUGUUCAUGGUCGGCAGCGGGAGCGGACGUCGCGUGUGGGAUGUGUGGAAACGGCAGUCGUGGCGGCCGCGAUGAUGGGGGAGGGUGGGGGGGUGGAAGGAUCUGAGGGACAGACGACCACCGCUGGUCGUCCAUCUGCGGCGUGCCGGCUUCAUCCUGCCGCUGCUUCCUCUGCCUUCGCCGUCUGCUCUGCGGUGUUGCCACGUUCCGCUCACCCGCCCCCGCCCCCGGGACAGUGAGACGAUGUCCCGCUCCUGCCGUGUUUGGCUGUCCUCUGCCGUGUAGCUGGAUAGCCCCAUAGGCCGACGGAUGGACCGCCCCAGCCCCUGGGGGCGGGGGUGGCCGGCCGAAGCCUCCCGGUCCCGGAUGGCCACCGUGGUGGUGUGUGUGGUGGUGGUGGGUCGGUCUGUAUGGGUUGUCGGUAUUGCGGAGGAGGGCCUUGAUCUGGUUGUCGUCUUGCUUGCGGUAGCGGCGGAAGAGCUCGUCCAGCGGCUGGCGAGUCGACAGCAGGAAGGCCGCACGACGCAGCUCCAUCGACACGCGCUCCUGGGCCGCGAAAGACAGACCUGUGGACAGGCAAUGAAGGAAUGGCACACAGCACAGCAAUCGUCACGGACGCCACGUGGAUGUGAGUGUCUGUGUUCUUUUGAUGACUCACACACCGAGGGUGCGAUCCUUCUCCAAAGGGUCCUCGAUGGCCAUGCAGAUGCGCUGGAAUAUGUGAUCCAGCGCCCGUCCGCCCUCGACCUCCUCCUCUGGUUCCCCCUCCGCCUCUCCCUCUCCCUCCCCCGUCGGCUCUUCAGCCGCCUCCUCCUCACCGAUUGCCGCAUCCCCCUCAAUGGCAGCAGCAGCUGCCUGGUCGGUAUCGGCGUCGGCCUCGCACUCCGUCUCCUCUCGCGCCUCGGUCUCCUCCUCCUGGUAGUCGUCGUAGGGCCGGUCGUCGGCCGAUGUCUCGUCGUUGGAUGGGGACGGCAGGGCGGCGUCGGUGGAGGGCUCCUCGGACUCAUCUGCUGCAGACAGGGGGGCCUCACUCGACACAGGGGCCUCGUUGGCGGCGGGCUCGGUCGGCUGCAUUUGGAGAGAAAAACAGACAUAUGCAGACAGACACAUGAAUGACAUGGGGGGCAUACAUGCUCGCUCGCUUACCGUGGUCUCAGCCGCCGUGACGCUGUCGCUCGCGCUGGCGGCGCUGGUGGCGCUGGUGGUCCGCGCAGGUGCGCCGCUGGAGAAGUAGUCCCUCUUGGUCAGGUGUUGUGCUACCCCCGCCGGCCGCUUGAUGGAUACCACAUCGCGGUAGUAGUUGAACAUAUAGGCGAAAUAUACGGUAAACUCGUAGAAGAGCGACAGCAGACUGUCACCCGCUACCCCAGACCCUCUUGCAGGUGGGGCGUCGCUCGGGUUCUGCUGCUGCCCCUGCCCCUGGCCCCCGCCCAUGCCGAGCAUGGAGAGCAGGUCGUUGACACCUCUGCUCUGACUGCCCCCCCGCUCCCGCACCAGCACGUUGUUCUCCCUCUCCAUGCGCCGCAGCGGCUCGCACGGGUCGGCCAGCAGCCGAUGGGCGAGGGAUCCCGGCGCAGGGAAGUCGGUAUAGUCGGCUUCGGUUGUGGGGAAGAUGGGCGUGUUGACGCCGUCUGUGGGGUGGACGUAGAAGACAUCGUUGUUCUGCGGGGGGUCGACCAGCACGGAGGGGUAGGGCGGGGGACACACGUGGGCCGGGGGGCUCUGCAGAUUGGGCAGCACGGGCUGCCCGGUGGUCAGCUGACGGUGGUGCUGCAGGAAAUGGCUGAGUGAGUGACAAAGGGAGGGAAAAGAGGACGGACAAGUGACAAACAAAGAGAUUCGGCGAGAUGUGGUGCGGUGCAGCAGGCUGACAGACAUGGUGAGGAGGAUCCAUGAGUAUGAAGAGAAGGCCCCUCGUCUGGGGUCGACAAGGCCCCGGCACUUGGCCCAGUGCUUCACGACAAGACCCAGCGCAGCCGCACGGCUGUCAUGCUCGGCAUACGCCCUGCAGGUUACCGAACAAACAAACGAUCACACACACACACAUACACACACACAGAGGCAGGGAUCCCUGGAUAUAUCGGUGUUUUUUCCGUCCAUGCGGACGGACGGACGUACCUGAGGAGUCUUGAGUUGUGCAGGACGACUUCAUGGUUGAAGGAUAUGUCGAUGGUCAGCUCAGGGUGAUCGUACUCAUCAUAGGCACGCCCGUCGGCGUCGGUCUUGCGCCGGAUGGCCGUGCACUUGACGAUCGGCACCCGGGCGUUCUCGAUGCACUCUAUCUGAAACACCGACUGGUCCAGCGCACGGGACAGCACACGGACGGCCUGACACAACCAACAGCCACACACACAUCUCAUCUGUGUUCGCUGUGGUCUCUCCUGUCUGUCCUCCUCAGCAUUCCCUCACCCACCUGGAUGGUCGGUGCGUGAGGCAGCUUGAGCCACUGCCAGUUGUCGUGUUUGUCGCUAGGGAACGAGUCGGCCGCCCGCAGAGGGUUCUCGUCCUUGGCGCCACUGGCCGCCUCUGCGCGGGCCUCAUCCAUCAGUCGACUGAGCCUGGAGGGCGGCAGCUGCACCACCACAUCAAGGUCGCUCUCCCUGGUGGCGAAGCCGUUCACUGCGCUGCCGUACAGCAAGCCGGGAUGGCCGAAAGUGGAGGUCGUCACGUCCACAACUGAUGAAUGAAGACCAAGGAGAAUAAAUGCGUGGAGGUCUGAUUUUGUGGCAUGCGCGUGCAAGGCUGACUUACUGUUUUGGAAUAGCCGGAUCCAUGUGUGUAUCUGGUGUUUGUCGGGCCUGAGGCGGUCGACUCUGUCCCACAGCUGCGCAUCGUGCGGGUCGGGGGCGUGCGCGUCCACUACUGGCGACGGCGGGAUGAACACACUCGUGUUGCGGUUGAAGAAGUACUCAACCUGACACCACCCACCACCGACAGAUGGAUGGAUGGAUGGAUGGAUGGAUGCCUCGUGAGAUCUGUCCUCCCAUGCACCCACCUGUUCAAGCCGCGUUCUGCAGGAGUAUCCGAGCCGUCCUCUCUUAACCAGAUCUCUCACGGCCGCGAGGAAGGUCCGCUGCUGCUGCCGUCCCCCGACGCUCUCCUGCACCAGCAUGUAGUCCACCAGCCGCGUGCAGGCGAUCCUCUGCUCAUAGGUGGAGAACACCGCGGGCAUGUGAGGCACCGCAACGGCUUGAAGUGUCUACACACAGACACACACAGAGAGAGAGUCGAGAUCUGACCAGAUCUUCAAACGCACUCCGUCCGUCUCAUGUGGGGUGCUUGUGAGCUCACCGCGAGGACGCACUCAGCCACGGCAUCGCAGUACGCCGAGAGGAAAGCCGCCCUCUGCUGCGACAGCUCAUCAGCCAAUCUGGUGAGAUGGUGGUAGUGGAGAUCCUUGAGGUUGGUGGUGCUCCAGAUGGAGUUGCGGAGGCGGUGCGCCACGUCCACAUGCGGGUGCCCGUCCACAGCUGACGUGAAGCCGCUGAUGAGAUCAUCCGUAAGGCGUGAGCUGUCGUAUUCGGUGAGAGGGGAGCGAGGCGGGAUGGGAUUGUUGAACUCCAUCUCCCUGGGAUUGAAGGCACAGAUGCGUUGCGGAUUCG